CCGAGAUAGGUUUCUGUAGUUUGUUCAUUACAAGUCUAUUUUUAUUUUUGCAUAUGUCGGGCUUACAAUAAUUAACCAAAUCCAAUGGUUCAUCUCAAUACCGGGUUACAAAUCUUCGAUACAAUUAUCCGCUUUCAACUUCACAAUAUUGACUAUUUCGCAUUAUUGUUCGUUGUUGAAUUAAGUAUUUUCCGGUACAAUAUUGGAUGUUCGGAGUACAUGCCAUAAACAAGGUACGGUAUAUGCCUGCAAAGCUGCUAUCCAUUUAUUUCAAGAGGACAUGGAAGCUUCGACAGAUCUCGUCGUCAUGGAAGGUUUGAGCGAGUUUUACACAGAAAAUGAACAAAACUAUAUCCUUGUUGCAUAUUAUUUUGGAAAAUACAGCAUCCUCGAAGCCAUAGCACUGCACCAGAUUGCAAGAGAUUUACUAAAAGCUUUUAAAGAGAAACCAAAUAACAGAUCAAGAAAGUACUUGGAACCAGAAGUGCAAUGUUGCAUAUGUAAAGAAAAGGAAGCCAUUUUCAAUGAUCUAUGGAAGCGAUUCAGAUCUGAGGAUGCAAAAGAGCCCGAUUGUACCAGAGCCUACAAUGAAGUAUUGCAACUAUGGCAAGGAAACACAGAUGCAUCCGGGGUUGACAAUUCUGCAGAGUUUUUUCAGAAAGAAAAAUCUGUUGAUAUUGAUAGAAGCAAAAAACUUAUGACAAAGCAUGGUGUAAAUAUCAAAGUCGAUUAUGAUACAACAGAGGAUUGGACUACGUUCAUCAAUUCAAUAAAGAGUUUAUUGGAGCAAAUUUGUUCAAUAAUAUUUCAGAUCAAUGAUCAGAAUAUUGAAAUAUCAGAGCUUGUGGGACCAAACCAGAUUAAGGGACGUUUGAACAAUGUUUACAUGUCCUUACUGCAAUCAUCAAAUGCAAGGUCUUAUGCAAAGCAUAUGCAAAACUGCAGAAGUACAGGAAUUCAGAUCAGAGCUUCAAGAGACCCAAAUGCAGUUAUUGUAAAGUUCAUGAUAUGUCAGGGAUGUUUUCCAGCAAAAAACAAAAUACAUCACAAAGCUAUGCCUAUUGUGGAGGUGUUUUCACUUCUUGGGAAAAAUUUAAAAAUCAAUUCUGGUAAUGAGACACCUGUGAAUUCUGGUGUUGAUGUCAAACACAAUAGAAACUCAGAAAGGGAAUUUGAUGCGCUUGGCCACUUAAGACACAAAGAUUUUCAUGGGGUUUUGAAAUCUAGAUCUGGCCGCAAAAGAACUGCCAACAGAAAGUAUAAUACGUUUUUAUACCACAUGGAUGAGAUAUUACCAAGUGCAAGGGAAAACGAAUCUUCAAAUUGUUACGUACAAAAGUUAAAAGCAAAAAAAAGGAAACUUUCAUCACAAUCAAAUUCAUCCAGGUCAUCAAUCGUAGCUUUUAAAGAAAUUAAUGGUGGGACAUCGCUGCCUAGUCUUUCAACUGGAAAUGACAUGGGUAAAAAAAUUCCCUCAUCAAGCAUGACAGAUAAAGAUACUGAGAGUUCAAAUAAGAACGUCAGUGUAGUUAUCGUGACGCCAUCUAAACCACAACAUAUGCUACAUACUUCUGGUUUCCAUGAUGUCUUAUCGCCUGCUCCUAAUCCUAAUAUGAUUACUGUUACUUUAUCUUCAAACAAUUGCAAGAGUGAAAUACAAAACACAGCUGUGAAAUCUCAUACUUCUGGUAAUAUCAGAUUUAUUAGUGGUAUGGAUGCUACUAAGGUAGUAACUCAACCUCCCCAACCAACUAAGUUCAUAUCAAUUCCUGCUAAGAUAAGACCUUCUAAAUUGAAUACAAUGAGUACUUCACCCCAAGGUAUGGUUUUGCUUCCACCUCCGGCAGAUCCUGCAAGUAAAAAGCAUGUCUUAGUUCCCAUCUCUAUCAUGCCUAUAAAAUUCCCGCCUGUGAGAGUUAGAAGUAUUUCCUUGGAUGGUGCUGCUCCAGUUCAAAAAAUUAUUGUUCCUCUCGAUGGUGGACCAGCACCGAAAAUGAUUGUUCAGAAUAUUAAUGCCCCAACUUUUCAGCGUAAAGCUACAAUUAAUACCAGACCAAAAAAGCCAAUUUUGGUGAAAAUUGUAAAUGAUCAAAUGAUACCUGUGAGUACUUCUAAUAGCAAUUCUAUAUUGAUCUCAAGUACUACAAACACUUUGAAACUACAAAACCAGGAUUCGAAACCAUCGAUGGGUAAUAUUGUUGGCAAUAACAGGGCUUCAAAAUUGAUUGAUCAAGCUGUUCUAAAAACUAUCCCACUAUGUCAAAAUAAUGUGAAAACAUUCAAAUCUGUUUCACUGAAGAGUCCACCUGUCUUCGGAACAAGCUUUCUCGGCCAGAACGGGUCACAUUUCGAAGCGAAGGUGAAACCAACAGUUUCAAUACAAACUGCAUCUAAUAUGCAUUCAAAAGCCCCAAAUUUUUUCACCCCAAAUUCAUCGUUGCCAAAAUUAAAAAGGAUAAGGCCACGUUCUCUGUCAACCCAACAAUUUCAUCUAUCAGAAAAUCAAUGCAUAAUACAUGUGGAUAAAACUGGGAUGUAUUAUAUUCAAAACACUCAAGGACUCAAUUCGAAAGUUAAUAGACCAAUUUCUUCUCGAAUGAUUCCUAAAGAGUUUGAAUCUAAUAAAACACUGUUCUCUCAGAGGGCACCACCCGCUGAUUCUGUGAUGAAAAAUAAGGAACUCACUUCUACGUUUUCAGAAGAUGUUAUCAAGCAGAUUCAGUUGUUUCCCUCUAACAAAAUUCCUGCACCAUCGUGCUCUGCCCAAUUUACAUCAUCAAAAUCUUUUGAAAAAAUCUUAAACACUCCUGUUAAAAGUAAAGAGUCUAAUCUAAUAUCACCUUCAAAACCCAGUACUAAUUCUGCAAUGAAAACGCCAAGUAAAAGAAAACCUGUCAAGCAACCAAGCAAAUCCAUGCCUACUGUUGUUGCGGAAUAUUUCCUCAGUCACAUGCCUCCUGUAGAGCAAGAUUUGUGGGGAAGACUGAAGAAACCUCCCAAAAUCAAAAGGAGAUAUCAGAAGUCUAGUUCAUUGAUCCCAAUGCCUUAUGAAACCAAUUAUCUAUGCAUAAUUAAGACAAUAGAACAACUUGGAUGGAAAGCAUACUGGUAUAGGAAAUGCAGAUGUUCAAAGAUUCGUGAAAGGGAUGCUGAAUCAUAUAACAUAGAAGAAGGAAAUCAUUUGAGUCCUGACGACCUUGCCAAGUGGAUGCCAAAAACACUUGGUGCAAGGUCCAAGAAAGCUCUCUUGGGUUAUUUGCACCAAGACAUGUCAGCGAGUGAAAAUUUAGAAAUGACUACACCUGAAAUGAAGCAUGAUCUUCAAAUACAAGUUGAAGGUGAUGCUUUGAAAAGCACUCCUAACUUGGACUUGGCAAAACAAUCUUCAGAUAUCCCAUCUUCCUCCAAGUCUGUGAUAAAUUUGACAACAAAAUUGAACAACUCUUCUGAAGAAACGAAAAAUUCUAUUAGAUUAAAAUCUCAAAACAAUAAAAGGAAAAUAGAAGAGUGCCAAAAAACUCCUAUUAAACCGGUAAAUAUGUGCUUGAAGGCAAAAUAUCGCAAGGACAAAGAUGGAAAUUGGUCAGCCAUGCCUAACUUUAUGCAUGAAAGCCAAUUGAAUAUGGAUAAUGUGAAUCAGGAUACUUCUGAAAACUCUGUGAUGUUGAAUAUCAAGUCCGGACUCAAUUUUCCACCAACCUCAUCUAAAAUGAUAGGAGAUAGAAUAGGGAUGACUCAUGAUCAUGGUAUUAGGAGAUGUGCACGUGCUACUAUGAUGCGGCGAAAAGCACUUGUAAAAAGAGCUCUAGAUGCAGAAAUGAAACAUAAAGCGAGAAAAGAAGAAAUGGAAUCGAUGGCAACUCGGUGCUUCUAUUUCAAUGCUAAUUUUCAUAAAAACAUGUAUAAUUCAUCAGGCAGUCUUGUUUUACCACAUCCUAUGUGCUAUAAGGACGAUCCAACAUUAAUGAGCAAAAUAUCUGCAACGCAAGAAAGUAAAUGCAAAGUUGCUCAUCAUCUUUUAAAAAAAGAACAUCAAGCUAGUUCUGAUCUACAAAAUCGAAGGGAAAUAAUGGCUGACGCUUCUAUUCAUACAUAUUUAUCAAGUUCUUGGUGUGAAUCCGUCUCUUCUAAGCUAAGUAAAUUAGAUAAACAUGUAUCACCAAAUACCUGCAAAGCUAGAAACCAACAGAAUACAGUUAAAAAACACAGCGACUAUAAGAGUGUUCUUAUCAGCAAACUUGAGAGCAUGUGGAAUCAGAAUGCUACUUCAAGCACAAAAGAUUCUUCGAAAAUUGAGGAAAAGAGAGUUUACCAGCAGUCUUCAUCAUCAAUUACUUCGUGCAAAAAGAGAAAAUCAAAGCCCAAAAAAUCAUCUAAUAGUAAAAUCAUUAUGCAAAUUACUCCUGAUGUUGCAAUCCUAAAUUUGCAAGUUUUAAGAGGCAACACAUGGAGAGAUUCCCCAACCAGCGUAAUUUCAGAGAAAAAUGCAAAAUUUAUUGUUUCUGCAAUUAAAUUGCCAAAUUGUACAGAAAACAAGCAUUUUAAAUCAAAACAAACAACAGCACUUUGUGAACCGAAAAGUGAAAUGAAUGAGGAUUCUACUCGUUUAGAUUCGGACAUUCAUAACAAUAUCAAAGAUACUAAUAAUCCAUCAAACUGUAAAGAGCAAGUUAAUAUGAACUCUCUUUCACUUCCAACCAAUGAUAAGACUGAGGAUUUAGUUAACCCUAAUGAAAAAACCCAGGUUGUGUUUUCUGAAGAUGGGAAUGUUACAGAAGAUACUAGAACUGGACAAAAUCAAGAAGAUGUAGAAGAUCCUUUUUUUGUUCGAAAGAGUAUCAGUUCUAGUAUAGAGACAGAUGGCGUUUUUCAAACUGUCUCAGCAGUUGUAAACGAUCACAUCAAACAAUGUGAAACGGAGGAACAAAAUAAUUGCAAAUCUAGUCACAUUUCCAAUGUAACUGAAACUCAAUAUUCUGAAAACAGUAUUUCAAGUCGAAUUUCCACAAGUGAAAACGACAACAACGGUGUAUUUAUCGAUGAACUAUAUUCAAUCAUUAGUAAUUCAGAACUGAAUUGUGAAGAGACAGUGCAUCAUGAUGAAGUUGACAAGCAACUUAUGAUUGUGCAAAAUGGUGAUGAAAAUUUUGAGCCAUGUUGUGAUGUGCUGACAGUCGAAGGUGAUGAGGAGAGUCUAGAUAGAGCUGGCAUCGAAUGUGACAAUAAAGCUUCCGAAAUUGAGCCAAAUGAAACAGAAUAUGCUAUUACAAAUAGUGAUAUAGAAAGUGUCCAAAUUGUCGGAUUGCAAAAAGAAAAGAAAUUUCAAUCUUACCCUCUGAGCUCAAAUGUGAUAGCUGAGACUGAAUCAACCCGGGAAAUAAUUGCACAUGGGUCACUGAUUAAUGGAGAAUCUGUGGAAAAAUUAGAACCAGUAUCAUGUUGUAAAAAAGCAUCUAAAUAUAUUUCAUUGUGCAAAACAGACACACACUCAUCCAUUAUUGACUCUGUAUUGAAAGACACAAAUGGUAAUUCAGAUCUUUCCAUGAAUCUUAAAUCAACAGCUGAGAUCUACCAUGACAUGAAAAACAUAUUCAAGCGAUUUUCUGAUGCCUCAUUUCAUGAGGAUUUCUCAGAAAUUUUAUUAUCCAACCAGUUUGAUGAUAUCUUUACUCAUGGUCAGCUACGGAGGCGUUUUUCUGCCAUCAAUAAAAUGAAAAAGGUUUUGUCAUCAAAGAACAAUUUGGGAAAGAAGAAGCGUUCUGGCAAAAAAAAAUGUAUAAAAACAAAAGCUAAUAAAAGUAUAGAUAACUCAGAAUCCUCAAAAGAUCUGUCAAAUUACAAACAGAUUCCGGUGAAAGAGCGAUUGCCCUCAACAGCUUGUAUUGACAAAACAAAGCGGAUUGCAGCAGAUAUUUUUUCAAUGCAGACAGAUUCAAAUUCUUCCAAUGCUGAUGGAGACUGUAUAAUUCAGCCAGGCUCAUCGACUGUAAAUUUUUAUAGUGAAACAAGUCCAGAAAUUGUUCAUGACAACAUUUUUCCAAAAAAAUCAAACAGAGAGGCAUUUACUGACUGUGAUUCCAAUGCUGAUGGACACCGUAUAAUUCAGCCAGGCUCAACGACUGUAAAUUUUUUUAGUGAAACAAGUCCUGAAAUUGUUCGUGGCAACAUUUUUUUAAAAACAUCAAACGGAGAAGCAUUCACUGACUGUGAUGUGACUGUUUCAAAUUUCUCACAAACCAAUGAAACCAGUUCUGUGAGUGAACUAUCCGAAGUUUCUCUAGUAGAUGCAUCGGUUGCUAGAACAAUGUCUGAUAGAAAUGGUUCAAACUCUAGUGAAAAUUCUGUUUCGAAAAAUUCUGAUGUACCAUCGGAGAAGAUGUUUUCGGUUGGCUGUCGUCGAGGCUCAAGGCGAAAAAGAGAGAAACGCAAUAACAAUGACUUAGAUGGAAUCUAUUGGACUAAUGUAAUUGCUCCUAAUCAAGUUAUAAAAGCAGAAAUAAAUCUACGACGUAGACUGAUUAAAAGUGAAGGUGUCAUGGGAACUACAGUAGAAAGAGUAAAUAAGCGAAAAGGGUUCAGUAGUCAUCACAUCUACCCACUGUCAACUCCAGAAUCGUUGAAUGCAAUCAUAAAAAUAGACGAUGGUUCAUUAAGAAAAUUUGCUCAUGGUGUUUUUGAAGAAGAUACAGAUGAGGAUGAAGAAUUCAUUUCUGCUGAACCUAUUCGUAUGCUGUUUUCAAAAUCACUUAAUAUUGAGAGGGUUCGAUCUUGGAUAUGGGAUUCAACCUUACCCAAACCACUGAAUUUGCGAUUUCCUGUGCAUAACGACCAGCAGCCCACAGCUACACAGAAGGACUGGAGAAUUAAAUCAGAAAAAAGUAAAAAAUCUACCUCGAAACACACAUAUUAUUCUAACGAUGAACAAACGGAUGUUGAUAUUGAGAAAGAAUUCAAUAGGAAUGUUGAGUGUUCUUCUCAGCCAGUGAGGAAUGUUGAGUGUUCUUCUUCAUCAGUUAGAGAUGCUGAGUGUUCUCCAUCAGUGUCUAGGGCUUAUGUCCCAUUGGUUAGAUGUUCGAUGCCAGCUAAUGUCUUGCAUUCUGCUGAUAAUGUAUUUGUCACUGCUACAAAAACCCCAGCAGACAUCGUUCCUUAUCGCUCAGCAGCUGGUGAAACAUAUCUCAUAAAGCGAAAUUCCCCGGAAGCCAGCCGUCCUAGAGGAAUAACUGGGGCGAGACUCGCGUCACUAAUGCCACAAGGGUGUCGCGUCUACUCUAAUAAAUUGGAAGAAGAAAGCAGAAGACUUACUACACAUGUCAAAAAUCCUGAAAAGUUGUUGCAAGAACCGCAGGUCUUUUUGAAGAAGCUUAACAGUCCCCUAAGUUUUCAUAACGAAAAGGAAUGUGGGAUGGAAAUUAGACCAGCUCAGAGAUUUCAUCCAAAUGAACAUGUGAUUGUUGACGCUGCGAAAGUCGUCGGAGGGAGUGGUUUGUUGAAACCGCUGCUUGGCAAUAUAAAUUCUCGAAAUUAUUUUAAAAAAAAUAGCGUAAUCGUUGGCGAUCAUGCAAAAACAAAGUUGGCAACGAAGUUUGCAAGUGGAUUAUCCAGAGGGAACAGUGUGCGAAGCUGCCGAUUGAAAAAAAUCGACAGGAAAACUAACUCUUUGAAUUCUACUUCUACGAAGAAACUGCCGAGACCGAUUUCAGUGUUUGGUGAGGAGAGAUCUAAAAGAAUUUCGAGAAUAACGUCUUCAACACUAAAAUCUUUAACAAAAAAGGGUCCCGAUGCAUCAAAUGCUCGAGGAUUUGCACGUAGAAACCGUUUCCAACAGCACUCCAGACUUCUGAUGGAGAAAGGGUCUGCCAGAAAAAUGAGUUUACAAGAAUUAAGGAGAAAGGUGUUUGUCGAGAUGCAAAAAGCCGAUCGACGUGUCGAAAAGCAAAAAGUUGAACCAAACAAAGAUACAAGACGUAAAAGGCGACUUCUACAAUCGAUUUAUUCUACCAAAGGUUCAUUUAUCAGUCGUCUUCUGGAAUGCGAUCCAGAUGUGGUUCUCGCGAAGGACUGAAACAUGACACACGUUUUUUUCAAUAUACAUCUACCUGUAUCAUAAUUCGUUAAUAUUUGUGUUCUUUGUGCGUUUCAAAAUGCCGUUAUCAAUAUGUAACUUGCAAUUCAGUAAUCAAAAAUAAGUAUGAGUGGACCAUUUCUGGAGAAGCUGUGGAAGCUUAAAUCGGGCUUUUUGCAAUGCAGUAACAUUCGCUGGACCCAAUUUUUAACCAAAUAUUUUCCAUAAAGUAUAUUCUUAGCUGACAUGUAGUGUUCGCCUGAUAGGCAUUUGGGGGCCAUCGCGUAUAUUAUUACCGGUGGGUUGAGUCUGCGUUGAAUGGCCACGUGUUUAGAGUCGCGAACAUCCCUGCUGAUGUAUCUACCUGUUUUUUAACCUUAUUUUAGCGAUCCGCUAAAAUUGGUCGUCAGCCGGUAUUGCUAAUUAAUAAAGCCGAGAAAUGCGAACUAUUACCAGGGCGAAAAUUAUUUCAUGUCUGUGCAUUUUCUCUCAUGGGGCGAAAUGAAAUUCAAAAAAGUCAAAACUACAACAAUUGCAAAUUGCCUGACAAAAAAAAUGUGAUGGAAGACAAUUAUUCAACGAAUAAAAGGUGAAUUUUAUUGUUGCAACCAUUACUCCAGUUGGGCUCAAUUAGCAGCGUGUUUCGUUCAAAUCCUUGCGGUCCCAGGAAUUGAGUUUUUCCCACGUUCUCAUUUCAAGUUGAACUCGUUAAAGCGCUCUAAUUGCUUAGUAAAACAACAACAAAAAUUUUUUUUUUUAAAUAAUCUCACUAACAUUUUUCAUACAAACCCUUGUCGUCCCAGUAAUUCAUCGAGUUUUUCGCAAGUUCUCAUUUGAAAUUGAAUUCAUUGAAAUGCAAUGAAUAAGUAAAAUAAGAAGACGUGAUAUUUUGUAAAUAUUCUUAAGAAAAGUGUUAAAGCACAAUACUGUAAGGAUGGGCAUUUCAGAAUACCAAAUCCAAACGGUUCCGAUAACAGAAUUCGGUUUCUGUCUCUUCGGCACCACGCGAUAAUUUUUGUAUUUUAGGCUCCUAAUUCAUUAAUUAGAGAAGAGGGUUUUCUCUCGCGUCGAUAUCCUCGUUUGAUCAUACUUGCGUUUGAUCGCAUUAUCCCGUAAAAAGAUAAACUUUAAUAUCGGCAGGCAUAUUCAUAACCAAAAUACGGCAAUGAAUACCUAAUGGCUAAGGUUCGAUAUUGCAACAUUUUCGCCAUUUCCAGCUCUACUAUCUUAUUAGCAUAAAUAAUAAUUGGUUUAGACGAGUGAUUUACUGGUGAUUACCUAAUUGCAACACUCUUCAACUUUUAUCAGAGUGCCAUGCUUCGUUUUAAAUUAAUCGAUUUUUGGCGCCCUACGAGUUCUCCCGGAAUAUUACGUGAAGCAAAAACUAGACGUUGAAUGGUAUCACAUUAUUCGCGGUUGAUCUGGAUCGAAUGUUAUAUGCGAAAAAAAUGGAAUUCCAUUACGACAUACCCUUUCUAAAAACACAAAAUUAUAUCGCAAAACAAUGCGUUUUGUCGCGUUUAUUUUAUAAUUUCAAAAGAUUACAUAUUUUUCGGAGUUAAAGUCCACGAUAAAUUCGUUCCUAUCGCCCAAGACCGACACGCAUUCUUCAAAUGUCGGUAGUAUUCGGGCCGACGACGUAUUCAAAAAAAAAAGAACACGUGUUAAAAGUCUGUCAAUCAUGGCCGGCUUCGCGGAGCCGAGUCUCCCUAGAAAAAUUAAUAAUAACAGCAAUUUAGGAUUUGUAAUAAAAAAAAUCAAUUCGUUAUUACCUUUAAAUACCAUUAUGAAGAAUUCCCACUAUCUGAAUAUAUUCAUAUUGAAUAGGAUUCUGGAUUUGAUUUCAGCAAUCGGAAAUAGUAUAAUAUUCUGAAUUGCUCAAUCUUACAAACAGGUCCUAAGUCAAUUUGUUAAUUGAUUCAUUUGUGAACCCUGUGCAUUGUUGUUAGCAAAAUUGUAUUUCAUGAAUCGUUAAUGUGUUUAUUCAGAAACAUGCCGUUUCCGUAAUUGGAAGUGAACAAUCACAAUUCAACUUGUGGUGUCAUUACGUUGUGCUGUAAUUUUGAUAUUUUUAUGUAGAGAAGACACGAGAGCAAAAAAGUCUGUAAAGCCAUGUUGAAAAGUCAAGAGUGCCGUCAUUAUACCGACCGAUUUUAUCCAAUAAAAAAAUAACUUUUUGGUAUGCUAUGUAACAAGAAUAAGAAAAUCACUCUGGGGUGGUUUUAAUUUUA